AAUGCGCGCGCGCUAAUCACGCGUGAAAUUAUGCGCAGUAGGGAUGCGCAAUGCAAUACUGGGGCAUGACCUUAAGAGAGGUAUGGUCUGACCAUCCUGUAAACAAACAUUGGCAGGCUGUAAGUAGAAGGUAAUACAGUCGAACCUGCACUAGCGGCCAUCUCUCUUCAACGGUCACUUGUUUUGGUCUCGGCGGAGAAUCCAUACAUUCACUCUUAUUUUAACCUCUCUACAACGGCCACCUCUCCGAAACGGCAACAGCCACUAAAACCCGUCCAACUGUCAAACAACCUCUCAACAACGGCCAGUGAAUCAACGACUGACGAACAAUGUAUGCAAAACUGCAUUUCUUAUUAAUUCAUACCACGCGUCAUUGGUCUCUGUUUGAUCGACUUUAUUUUCAUUGUGUUACGUGUUUACAUGCUGCUAUAAGCAUUUUAUUUAGAUAAAAAUGUUGCACCCCCCUCCCCAUAACGGUCACCUUUCGACAACGGCCACUUUCCUCUGUCCCCAAGGUGGCGGUUGUGGAGAGGUUUGACUGUAAUUUGAAAUUAUGUUCACUCGGAACCGCCUAUAACUGUUAUUGUUGUACGAUUUCUGGUAGAUUCUUUUGGACAGAGAUCUUCAAGCUGUAAAGAGUCUUGGUCAAGUGUGUAAGGAUCGAGUCACACUGGCAUCGACUUUACUAAAAAUCUUUCGUCAUGAGAAAGAAGAAAUUUUCCUGUUAAAAACUAUGAACUCAUUAGAAAUAGAGAAGCAAGAAGAAGUAUCCACGUUGUUUCGAGGAACUUCUUUAACCACUACACUUAUGGACCAGUAUAUGAAAAUGGUCGCGAUACCUUAUCUACAGAAAACUAUUGGUGACGUCGUAGCAAAAAUUCUGGAAUGUAAGCAGUCUUGUGAGUUAAAUCCAGCUAAACUAGAGAAGGGUGCCGAUACUGUAGUGAACCUUAAACAGCUGCUAGAAUUCUUAUUUGAGGGAGUUGAUGCUAUUGUUAAGUCGCCUGAGAACUGUCCGAGAACUUUGCGGUAUUUAUUUUGCUGCUUGCAGCAAAAUGUGAAAGAUAGAUGGUCGGACAAUGAAAUAGUUAGAAGCCGUGUUGUCAGGUGAGGUUUUUGUCACUGUUUGGUUUUAUACACAACCCUCAUUGGUUGUUACAAUUGGUUAUACGCACGGGUAGGUAUAUAUUUUACAUAUGGUUGUCAUUUAGCAUACAUUAUCUAUAGCCUUCGACCGUUUUUUACCCAAUUCCGUUUUUAUUUGCUGAUAAACUGAUGCGCCUCCUCGGUUCAUUCUCGGUUAAACACGCGCGCAAAAGGUAAGCAUUUAUUUACGUUUUUCACGUCGCUUUUACGGCGAAGCAGUGAAGCUAAAAACCACACGAAUUGCAAUAACGGCCUAGAUACCUCAUGGGUAAAGAGGAAAAACACGCCUGAAGCAAGGUAGGCUUAUUUUUUUUCAUACUCCUUCGAAGACGCCUUUCUUAAGCUUGAGAAUAUAACCGUUUUUUCUAAUAAAAAUCCCAACAUUUCCAACCCUGCGCAGCCUGAGUACUACAGUAUGUACAGGGACGCUCAUUUGCGAGUUUGGGUCAACUGUGUUGAGAGCGGUGCAGCUAGAGAGCAGCAUGGUUGCCAUCAAAAUUAUGGUAGAUAACCUUCUGUAUUGUUCUUCUUUGAUCUGGAAUGAUUGUGUUAAAAUAUUUCUUAAUCAAUGUUGGGCGUCGGGGCGCCCAUUGGUUCCUUUGAACAAAAAUUUAGUCGCCCGCACUCGUAACUUAAUCUUCUCAAACGACCGGGCGACUGGUGAAUUUAUGACGGGCAGACUUGAAUCUGCGACCUCGUGCUUUGACUGUUCGUUGAGUACAUUCGUUGAUGCAAAGGGAAGCGUUUGAAGGGAGUAUAUUCGAUGAUGCAAAGGAAAGCGUUCGAAGUGGUUGAUUGUACUAGUUCUUCUCCCUAAAACUGCGACGAAAGCGCGCCAUUUCGUUCGUGACGAAUUUUUAACGUCCAGGCGUUCCUAGUUGAGGCGAAGAGCCUGAAAACUUGUUAUUCAUCGUUCGAUGUAAUGCCUGGUUACUAUGUUGCGGAUGUCCCAAUAACGCAACAACGAAUUCUUCAAGUAAACCUGUGUUAAAUGAAGAAAUACGUGUUAACAAAUACUGGAAACAGAUCAAGCAUAUGUCAAAGUUUACGGGCAUGAUGUUUGAUAAGUUUAUUCUAUUAAAGAGCUUAAACUGUGGUCUGUGGGUAAGACUUUGAAGUGCUUUUCGUUUCACUGUUGUGCGGUUCGAAUGCUACCUGUUUCGAACCCAAUUGAGUUCGCACCCCUGAACUCAUUGUUGACUGUUAAAAUUUCCGCAUAAUCCAGUGUGUUUUCCGCAUGAUCGAAGUAUUUUGCCCCCGAAAAUUUCCGCAUAAUUUGUUUUUUUUUUUUCCCGCACCUUGUCAGAUGGCAUGUGAUUUUCCUCGUGCUCUGUCUUGCUCAUUCCUCUCGGUGGCAUCUACUGUAUGACGCUUACUAUUAAAAUAAAGGUUUCAUAUACCAAUUUUAUUCUUUGGGUUCGAACACUAGAGAGAUUUUUAUACCGCUCGCCGCACGUUCAUGCAAUCUAGUUGACUGU